GAAGGGCCCUGCUGCCCCUCUCCUGGAGAACGUCUGCGCCCUGGCCCCGCACGUCGGGAGAAUGCCCGUCCAGCCCCGGCCACACCUCUGCUACUGGCUGCUAAUCCCUCUCCUGCAGUGGGGGUGCGGGGAGCUGACGUAUGGAGACCUCGAGGAUGAAAGUCAUUACCUGUAUCUGGAGGAUGACCCCUUUGCCGAGGAGGGCGGGUCAGCCCACUGCAGGGACACCUACCUGGAGUGGAUCUCCCUAUACUGCUGGACCACCUUCCACGCCACAGUCAUGGCCACGCCAGAGUGGAGCCGGUGUCAGUGGGACCAAAUCAGCAGGAUUUACAGCGACCUCUCCAACUGCACGGUGCUGAUGGCCGAGGCUCUGUCCUGCCCCUGGCCCAGCCCCGCUCUUGACUCCUUCUUCCUGCAGAUCCACAUGGAAUAUUUCACCAACUGCACCGUGCCUGCCAGCUCCCGGCCCAGCCAGCCACCUCUGGGGCCUGUCCUAGCCAUGGCUGCCAUGCCUGCCUGCCUGACCCCUCUUGUGGUUGCUCUCAUGCUCCGCAAGACCAGGAAGGCUGAGCCAAAGCCAAAGCCAGACUGGCCCCUCCCAGCGGCACCACCUGUGCUCAGCAGACAACAGGCUUCUUCUCGCGCAGUCCUGGGUACCAACUGGAAAGGGAGAGAGAGUGUCUAGUGGUUGCGGGGGAAGGGGUGGUGCUGGAAGCCAGGACUCCUGGGUUCUAUCCCUGGCUCGGGGAGGGGAGUGGGGUCUAGUGGUUGGGGUGGGUGCUGGUGUGAUGAAGUGGGAAUGUUCUUAAUGUUUUCUCUGAAUACUGUGUGGGUGCCUCAGUUUCCCCUUGUGACAAAGCGGGACUAUUCUUAAUGCUUCCUCUGAAUAGUGUGGGGGUGCCUCAGUUUCCCCUAUGCAGUUCUUAAGUAUCUAGGUGGUGGGAUAAGGGUGUAUGAUCGUUGCAGAGCCCUAGAGGGCAGGUGUGUGCAGGGGUCUGGACACAGGACACCCUGUUUCCUGGCAACUGAGAGCUAAAGGUUUGGAGAACAAAGGAAUCCGGUGACCUCCUGGCCCAGGAAAGGGACAAAGCCCAGAGGAGGGGGGGCUGGAGAGAGUUUCAGUUUGGGGCUGACUGGGGACAUGGAGUGAAGUGCAGACGGGGUUGUCUGGCUCACUGCCCCCAAAAUGGACCCGGCUGAGUGGUCCUGUUCUCUGCACCUACAAGCUCUGUGUUAAACCAUGUUCCUGUCGUCUAAUAAACCUUCUGUUUUAC